AUGCCCGUCCAGCCGAUGAAUGUCUCCAAAGAUGAUGCCCCCACAGGGGUGACGACGAAGACGUCGCCAUUUUCCAAUGCAGGAGGCCCCAUGAACGCCUCCAACGAGGCUAUGACGCCCAUGGGCGCCGCCGUCAAUAGUAGCGUCCUCAAGAUUGAGUUCUCCUCUGAGUUUUCAGAAGAAAAAAAAACUGAGGUGUGGGUGGCUCCUCGACGUGGCGAGCUGGUGGCCCUUGUGUUCGAGUUCCUUGGCGCAGCCACGGGGUCAACUGCAACGUGCAUCGAGUGGACCCUUGCCCACCUCAUCGACCAGCCGGAGGUCCAGGACAAGCUGCGCCGCGAGAUUGACGGUGAGGCAAACGCCUCUGGCGGGAUACUCUCCAGCAAGAGCCUUCGCAGCGGCAGCAUGCCGUAUCUGAACGCCGUGGUGCUAGAGACCCUCCGCAUGCACCCGCCGGUGCCGUUCAUCUUGCGCAGCGCCCAUGGCGAGGGCGCCAAAGAAAUCGGCGGCGUGACCUUCCCUGUGCCAGCGGACGGCCUGAAGGUCGUGUUCAAUCUAGGUGACAUGGGAAGAAACCGAAAGACGUGGACAGAUCCUGACAAGUUCUGGCCGGAGCGGUUCCUUGCCGGCGGCGAGGCGGAGGACGUUGGGCCGGCCCCGGGCCCUAAGGCGAUCAGGAUGAUGCCGUUCGGUGCCGGACAUAGGAACUGCACGUCAAGUGCUUCUUGGCGGCGAUCGUCCAUGAAUUCGACUUUGCGCAAUCGGCCGAAGACGGCAGCAGCGGUGUCGACAUGA